UUAUAUUUAGAUGAUUUUCCAAAUUUAUAUCCAUUUGAUAGAGAUCUACAUGAACGGGUUCUAGAUAAAGAAAUGUGUCAGCGACAACUUUAUCAUAUGAUUUUUGAGGAUACUGGAAUUCUCACACAAUUUGUGGACGCAGGAGCGCGAACGCCGAAAGGAUUAUUAAAAGGAAAUUUGAGAGACAUGGGAAACUAUCAUCAAUGUGUAUCCAUAAGGCAGGAUGCUUUAGAUAUGACAUUUGAAGGAAAAUAUUGUUUAAUCAAUGUACCUUUCAAUCAAGAAUUUGAUAUACCAUCCCUUGAGUGGCCUAUAUUUAACGUCAAUACAAUAAAAGUUGACGGCUACUUGGAGUUAUUGGAACAAAAUGAAUUGAAAUACUCUCAAUUAAGAAAUACACUGUCUAUUAGACCCUAUAUAUUGGACUCAACUUCUAGGCUUGGCAAUGAUAAUACUACUAUCAUUCGAAAUUUGGGGCUGAAAUUUGCUAUUUGUAUACCAAAGGUCUGCACAACACAUGAAGCAAUUAACAGUAUCAUAAAUGUAACAUCAUAUGGUUUUGUUUAUGAGGAUGAUAUGUGCAGACUGCCGAAUGAUAGGCAUUGGGUUGCUGGGGACUAUGUGGCUAUAGUGCUCUUCUCAAUCAUUGGUUUCAUGAUAGUAGUAAGCACAUCAUAUGACCUUUAUCAUCUAUUUUACCUCAAAAGAAGUUCAAAACGAAUGCAUCCACUUCGUCUUUUUUCUGCUUACUCCAACUUGGCAGAUUUAUUACGUAGUUCUGAUAAACCAGGGACUCUUGAAUGUUUGGACGGAAUAAGAGCAAUUGCAAUGAUUUGGGUCGUUCUCGGACAUACUUUCUUUAUCUUACUUUAUGUUACAGCUAACAUUCUUGAUAUUGCUGAGUGGUAUCAAAAAGUUGUUAGUAUUUCGGUGACUGGGGCUUUUCUUACUGUGGACACUUUUUUCAUGCUCAGCGGUUUGUUGAUAGUUUACAUCAGUUACGUCAAGUUCACACCAAAGUCUCUCUUGAUGAAUUUACACAAGUUUUACUUGGGAAGGUUACUUAGGAUGUUUCCUUUACUGGCAGCAGUUAUACUCUUUGAAGUGUCUUUAUUCAAUAGAAUAUCGGAUGGUGGAUUCUGGUACCUAGCUGCUGAAAACGUGCACAAGUGUAGAGCAUUUUGGUGGACCACACUUCUUUACAUCCAAAACUUUGUCAAUCCGCAAGAAGCUUGUCUUGCAGUAACGUGGUACCUGGCAAUAGAUGUUCAGCUUCAUUUAAUAUCUCCGUUGGUACUAUUCUGGCUGUUACGUGAUAGCAAGCGUUCUUCUUGGUCAGCUCUCAUCAUAGGACUUACCGUAUCACUACUAGUUGCUACUCUUUACAUAUUUCUCACUGAUACUGCUAAUAACUACUACACUCUAUACUAUUUUAAUGUAUUAACCCGUUCGCCCCCAUUCUUCGUUGGUAUGAUUGUUGGAUAUAUUCUUCGCAUUUACAGGAAUAAGAAGGUCCAAAUGUCACGAUUAUUAGCUGCAUUCCUAACUCUGAUCUCUAUCGGAAUGACUCAUCUGAUGCUUUACCUCAACUUCCUUAUUAGCCAAUUUGAUUGGGAUAACCAGACUGCAACAAAUUUUAUCAACGCAUUCUCUCGGACGAUAUGGGCAGCAAGUGUGGGAUGGAUAAUAUUUGUAUGUGUUAAAGGUUAUGGGGGUCCAAUAAAUUGGUUCCUUUGCUUACAAAUAUGGAAGAUCCCUGCUAAAGUUUCCUAUGGGAUGUAUUUGGUACAUUAUUCAAUGAUGUUCGCUUUCUAUUCAUCCGCGGUUGAACCUGUCUAUUUCACAGUGACUUCAGUAUUAUUUAGAUUUGUCGCCUUCCUCAGCCUAACAAUCAUUCUUGCUAUCCUCGUAACGGCACUUAUAGAUAAUCCUAUUGCGAUGCUCUUAAAAUCCCUUAUGGAUAUAAAGCCACCGCAAGAAAAACCCUUAACAAAGGAUUCACGAGAAAUUUCCGAUGGACAAACUAAUACUCCAUCUGUAGCGAGUAGAGGUUGUAAUGUGAGUCAAGCCUUUGAGCCUAAUGAAAAUGAAAAUGGUGAAAAAAACAAUGAGAAGAGUAAAUAGUGAUCAUACCAAUAUUAAGGACUAAUUUAACUGAAUUCGUAAUAGUGGGAAAUUCGUGGAUUUAUUAUAUUAUUAAAACACAUGGAAACAUAAUGCUAUGAAUGCCUAUCCAGUGAUAAACAGCCGUGUUUCAGACUGUGCUUGCCCAUAGAAGCGGGCCGGAGCUAGGCCAAGAAUAUGUCACGAGCUAUCUGGUGGGCAAGAUUUGCCGCUGUUGGCUGCAUUGUUGGCUUGCUCGGUGUUUUAAAUGUAUGAAUGUAUACUCCUCUCCACAAAUCUUAACGCAGAGCGGGAGAUCGCUUAGUUUUUAUGUAUAUAAUACUAUUGGCAAGCUCCAGUCCAUUCCUCUCUCUAUUCUCUUCUCUUUUUCAAUGGUUGGGAAUCUAAUAGUGAUGUUAUCAUCUUUCCUACUUUACCACUUUCAUAUGAUAUUGAUAACUUUUCCAAUAAGUUUUUGUUCCUACAUUAUGCCGUACAUUACGUACAGUAUAUUACGUACACUACAUUACGUACAGUCAUUGUAGAAGCGAAUUCACCGCCGUACACUUUUGUUAAAUUUAAUUAUUUAUUAUUGAAAUAAGUGUAGAAAAAUAUUCCUUUUGUUAUAAGUAUAAAAAGUAUAAACUUAUGUGUCAAUUUAUUGAAGUCUCAGGAUAAAAUAAAAAUAAAUAUUUUUUAAAUAAAUAAAUAAAUGACUACCUUGUCAUUAAAACAAGCCUUCAGCUAUUUAGUCACGAAUUGAAAAACUACCGACUACCAAAAAGUCAAUCGAUUAUUACUAAUGUAGUUACAAUUAUUAUUAUUUUUGGAGUCUUUUAAUUGUAGUCGUUCACGUUACGUCAUUUGUUAGAAAUUUCAAGGUUAAAAUCAGUUAUAAUUACUUGUUAUUUAUUAAUUUAAAAUGAAUAUUAACUAUUCUGACUUAAUUGAUAAAUUAAGUCAGAAUAGUUAAUAUUCAUGUAUAAAUCGAAAAAAAUGUAAACUUAAUAAAACAGCAAUAAUCUCACGACCCUAGAGGAAGCGCAAUGUCUCCGAAAAUGUAAGUAGUCUGUGCAUUACGAAGUUCGGCUCGAUAUGAAGAAUUUUUUUUUUGGAACAAUUGGCAACUUAAUAAUAACACUUCCACUUCCAAACAAUAUAUUUAUUUCCAAGAAA